AUGCAUCAAAUCAUUAAAGGCAAUUUAUUAGAUUAUAGUGGGUCUAUAGUUGGAUCAUUUUAAAAAAAAAUAUUUAAUUUAGAUGAAAAUAAUGAAAAUAUAUAAAAUGAAAACUUACCUGAGAAUUAAGAUAAUAUUUCUAAAUAAAAUAAUUAAUAAGAUAUUUAAUAUUUUGAAUAUGUUAAAGGAUAAUAAAUAGAUAUUAAAAUAAAUACUCUUUUUAUACUUAAAAAUGUUACUGUAAUUUAUUUAGGCGAAGAAUAAUUUUUAAAUAUAAGUGAAAAUAAUAUAGAAGCAAAGCAAGGUAUUAUAAGAAAUUUAGGAGAAGGACAAAUUGAAGAUGAAAUUUAAGCUUUUUCGACUUAAAAAUUUCCUAUUAGAUAUGCAGAAUAAUCAGUGCCUUUAAAUGUUAUGUGUUAUUGGAAAACAGAUGUAGAUGCAUAUCCUGAUUAUAAUAAAACGCCUUUUUAUUUAGUUUGUGAAUUGAUGUGCGCUGAUUUUUCUUCUAUGGGAUAACCUUCAAAUAAUUCUGAAUAAUCAGCUUUUAAAUAAGUAAGUAUGUUUUAAUGCAGGAUCAAUAAUAGUGCGUAAGGAAUACAUGAAUAUUUACCAAUUUAAUUUGAUUAGAAUCAUUAUUGUUAGGCUGAAGCAACAUUUCAUACAUUACUUUUAGUUUUAUUGAGUUUCUUAAUAAAUAACUUAAGGAUGUAAUAAAUUUAAAAUAAAUAUAUUUUAGAAAAACAAAAAAUAUUAGUUAAGGAAGAUAUUGUUAAUGAUUAUUAUAAUUAUUAUGUAAUUGGAUUAAGAAAUGGGUAUUAUACUUUAAAAAAAGUAAUUGAUUAAAUAUUAUAAUAAUAUCCUGAGUUAUUAUAAUAUUCAGCAAGUUUAAAUGAUUAAAUAGAAAUUACUGUAUAAGAAGUAUUUUUAUCUAAAAGUUAUAAUAAUUUUGGAAUUAAUAGUUAAUCUUAAAACAGUAUAAAUAAUUCUUAAUAAUAAAUGAACGAAAUAAAAGUAAGUUAACGAUUUAAUUUAAAAAACUAUAAAGAUAUAGAAAAAUUUACAAAUUGUGUACUUUUAGAAAUGAAUAAAGUAUCAGGUUGCUUAUUUUAAUUAUGGAAUUAAAUGAUUGAAAUUUUAAGAAUAGAUGGAGGAAGAACUGUAAAUAUGAUGAAAGUUUAAUAUAUCUAAAGAAUGAAAGAAAAAUGGGGGGAAAAUGUUGUAAGAGAUUAAUUUUAUCACGAUAUUACGCAAUAAAAAGUUAAAAUGACAGGAAAAUAACACGAAGGAACAUCAGCAAAAUUAAGACAAGCAUUAGAAUUUCAAAUACAAAAUUCUGAACCUCUUAAUUUAGAAGACAUGCAUAUUAUACCAAAAGCUAAUUAAAGACCUUUUUUAUUGGAAGAAAUAUAUAUAAAUCCAAAUAAAGUAAAAAAUUAAUUUUAAUAUAAUUAAAAAAUGAUUCAACAAAAAAUUUAUAACAAAGUUAAAAAUAUAAAGAAACAUAUACAUGCAAUAAAAGACAAUCCCCUAAAAGUACAUUUAAUAGUUCUUUGUCAUGGAUUUUAAGGAAAUUACUUCGAUACGAGAUUAGUUAAAAAUAAUUUGUCCAUUCUUUUUCCUGAAUUCGUAUUUUUAUCUUCUAAAUCAAAUGAAGAAUUUACAGAUGGAAAUAUUGCUGAUAUGGGUAAAAGAUUAGCUAAUGAAGUUAUUUUAUUUGUGAAUGAAAACACAUUAAACGAUACUCUAGGAAAACUUAGUUUUAUUGGACAUUCUUUGGGAGGAAUUAUUAUUAGAGCUGCUUUACCUUUUUUAAGUCAAUAUAGUGAUAAAAUGCAUCUUUAUAUGUCUCUUUCUUCUCCUCAUUUGGGUUAUAUGUAUAAUUCUUCGAAACUAAUUGAUGCUGGUAUUUGGUUUUUGAUAACUACUAGAAAAUGUGAAUGCCUAAAAUAAUUAAAUAUGAGUGAUUGUGAAUAGUUAGCAGAUACCUUUUUAUAUAAAUUAACUAAUCAACCAGGAUUAAAUUGGUUUAAAAACAUAGCACUAUUAAGCUCAUAUUAAGAUUAAUAUGUACCUUUUGAAUCGGCAAGAAUAUAGAAAUGUGACGAAGCUUCAGAUUCUAAUGCAAAAGGAAGACUUUAUAAUUCAAUGGUUGAUAAUUUAUUAAGUUCUUUAAGGACAGAUCGAAUUCAUAGAAUCGAUGUUAAUUUUAAAAUAAAAGAUUAAUCUAAUAUUAAAAAGACCAUUGAUAAUGUUAUUGGUAGAAGCGCUCAUAUAUAAUUUUUAGAAAAUGACCCUUUAGCAAAGACUUUAGUAUAUUGUUUUGAUCACUUAUUUAAAUGA